AUGUCAAAACGAAAAGCAGAUUGUUUAGAACCAGAUGAAGAGGUAUUUAAAAGAAGAAAAAAUGAAAUGGAUGCGACUCGACAGCGAAGUUAUCGUCAAAAAAAGAGCGCAAUUAAGAAAAAUAAACGUACAAAAGAUGCUGAACGACAACGAUUGUAUCGAUUGAAAAUAAAAAAUAAUCAGUUGUUAAUAAAGCAGCAGUCAGAGAUUUCCAACACGAAUUGUGAAACACAAGAAUUAUUGCAAGAUGAAAAUCAUUCAAUUCAAUCUACAUCACAAUGCGAAAAAAAUCCAAAACAAAGUGAUUGUUUAAACAUAGACGAUUUCAUUUCUGCAAAUAAAUUUUCUGGGAUUAAUUUGACUCAGGGGAAAGUAGAACCAACAAAAAAAGAAGAAGAGUUUAAAGAACAAAAACGUAAAAAGGAUGCUGCUCGACAAAGAGCUUAUCGCGAAAAAAUAAAAAGAAAACAAUCUGUAACAAAAAAAUUGUUAGAGGAUACUGAAACUAAAUUACAAACAACAGAAUUAUUGGCAAAUGAAGAAACUCAAAUUCAGUCUACUUCUCACUGUGAAAUAAAUAAAUUUUCUGCUAUUAACUUGACACAGGAUAAAGCAGGGCCAUCAAAAGAAGAAGAUGAAUUUAAAGAACAAAAACGUAAAAAGGAUGCUGCUCGACAAAGAGCUUAUCGCGAAAAAAUAAAAAGAAAACAAUCUGUAACAAAAAAAUUGUUAGAGGAUACUGAAACUAAAUUACAAACAACAGAAUUAUUGGCAAAUGAAGAAACUCAAAUUCAGUCUACUUCUCACUGUGAAAUAAAUAAAUUUUCUGCUAUUAACUUGACACAGGAUAAAGCAGGGCCAUCAAAAGAAGAAGAUGAAUUUGAAGAACAAAAACGUAAAAAGGAUGCUGCUCGACAAAGAGCUUAUCGCGAAAAAAUAAAAAGAAAACAAUCUGUAACAAAAAAAUCGUUAGAGGGUGGUGAAACUACAUUACAAAUAACGAAAUUAUUGUCAAAUGAAGAAAUUGCAAUUCAGUCUACUUCUCGCUGUGAAAUAAAUAAUUUUUCUAACUUUAAUUUGCCAAAAAGGAGAUUAAAACGAUUAAAGGAAGAAGAAGGUGAGUUUAAAGAAAAAAAACGUAAAAAGGAUGCUGCUCGGCAAAGAUCUUAUCGUGAUAAAACAAAAAGAAAACUAUCUUCAACAAAAAAAUUGUUGGAUGGUGCAGAAACGACAUUAGAAACAAAAGAAUUAUUGUCAAAUAAAGAAACUACAAUUUUAUCUACUUCAUGCUCUAAAAGUAAUAUAAAAAAUACUGACGUUUCUAUUGAGAGCAAUGUAAUGGCUGAUAAUUUGAAUAUAAGCGAUGUUAUGUCUGAAAAUAAACCUUUCAAUACUGAUUCAGAUCAAAGAGAUAAACAAAGAUCAAAAGAAGCUGAAGAAGAAUACAAGAAACUAAAACGUAAAAAAGAUACUGUUCGACAACGAGCUUAUCGCGAAAGAAUGAAAAAUUGUCAGUGUCCUAAAAAAUCGGUUAAUUUUUCAGAAACAAUAGAAACAUUCACGGUUGAUGUUGACACUUCAGAAAAUAUUAAUGUUCCUAUUGUACAAAAUUUAGAAAAUGAAGUAUUGAAUAUUAGUAAUUCUGAAAUUGACACUUCAGAAAAUAUUAAUGUUUCUAUUGUACAAAAUUCAGAAAGUGAAGUAUUGAAUAUUAGUAAUUCUACUUAUGAAAACCAGUGUACUAGAAAUAAUAUAAAUCAAUGUAUUAAUGAUUAUGUAGAUGUCAAAGAACAUUAUAUUGGUCCUUUAAAUAUUUUAUGUCAACAUUGUGAAGCAAAACAUUUCCCUGCAGAAAAAGUGUUUAAUAAAAAAAAUUCUUUCAGCAAUUGUUGCAGUCACGGUGAAGUAGUUUUAGACCCUUUACCUGAUCCUCCAACUAUUUUGAAAGAAUUAUUUGAUGGCACUCACAAAGAAUCGAAACAUUUUCAUGAUCGUAUACGUUCCUAUAAUAAUUCUUUUGCUUUCGCAUCUUUUAAUGCAAAUUUAGUUAAUUUUAACAAUAGAAGACCUGGUCCUUUUUGUUUUAAAAUCCAUGGUCAAAUUUAUUAUCAAAUCAAUACUUCACUGUACCCUUCUGAUAAUGAUAAUCCUUUCUUUGGGCAGUUAUUUAUUGUAGAUCAAAACGAAGCUACACAAUUACGAUGUGAUCAAAGUAAUUUGCUAAAUCCAGAUAUUGUUAAUAGCAUUGAUCAAGCUUUACGUGAUUAUAAUAUUUUUGCUAAAUCUUAUCAAAUGAUUCAUGAAGAAUUCCAAGCAACUUUGAGUGAAUCUAAUUCUCAAUCAUCUUCUGAACUACAAUUAUUAUUUUCUUUAAAACCAGGAACGAGACCGAACGCGCGCUCUAGCGCGCGUGUUUACUUCUUUUAUUUAAUACUUAUUUAA